AUGCAGGACGGCUUCAUGAGGUCCAGCAUGCAGCCUCGUCGGCAUCGCCGCCUCAAUUUCACAUAUUCUCAGGCCCCUCCGGGUCCGCGUCCGCGUCCGGGGACCGACCGGCAGCAUUUGGUCUCCACUUUUCCGUUUAACCCAAUUCCCGGAUUAGACGACAGUCUCUGGUCUCAACUGGUUUCUCACCUCCCUCCCUCAUCCUCCUUCUCACAAAAUCGAUCCGGACGAGCCAUUGGUGUCUUGGCCCUCUUCCAGUCAACCAACCGCAUUAUGGACGUCUCCCAUUUAGACAGAACAAAGCCCCGAAAAGAAAAAAGACGGUAUUCUUCUGUUGCCCUCGAUCUUUCCAAAAUCCCACAAUAUCAACUCUCUUCUCCUCCACCCUUCUUCACCUUUCUAACCUUCUUGACGUCUUUCGGUCAUUACCAUUCCAAAGAUAACGCCCUCAAGCGCUCUCACUUUGACAAUUUAACCCCUGCAUCAACCUUCAACGUCAUCUCCUUCUACGCAAUUUUUCUUUCUGUUAAAGAACAACAGACAACGAGGACUAUCAACAUCACCACGAUGGACCUCGGCGCCCAAGACAAGUGCCAUUCUGGCAACGCCAGCGACAGACCCAAACCAACUGUGUUCCACACGUUUAUUUCCACCACUUUUGCUCUCGUAGCUUUCUUCGCUCUGUGUGAGGUUGCCGUCCGCGGCGCGUUCCCCUUCAACCAUCUCGCAGCUCUUCUCUCCUCUUGCUGCUCUAUUGAGUUUGUCAGCACUGUUGUCCUCCUUCUUCUCUUUCUUCUCUUCCUCCCGUCGUCCGCCUUUACUCCUCGCAACGUUAAGAACGAGAGCCCCGCUCAAUUGCCCGCUCAUCGGCGUCAGUCCCUGGAGAAAACCCAAGACGUCCCUUCCUCCCCGUCGACAUCCACUGGGGUUCAAGCUGGCGCGAGCUUCACCAAGCUCACCACCUCAGGCGGCGCACUAUGCACCCGACCACGCGCAACGUGUGAGGCCGUCGACGCCAUGCGUACGAAGGAACAGGCCGAGGUCGACAGGCUCGACGAUCAGCUCUGGCAUGUCCAGCUUCAAAUCACAUCUGCCUUCACAGCCAAGGUAGACGCAGAGAAACGGGCGGCUUUGGCGGAGAAGAGAGCCGACGACGCCAUUGCCGCUGCAAAGAAGGAGGCGGAAGACCGUAUAAACCGAGUGAUUGACGAUGCUCAGGAGAAGUUGAAGCAGAUUCAAGCCGAGGCUGAUCGCGAAGGGGCCGCUGCCCACGAAAAAGCGGAUUUACAUUGCGAAGAGAUCAAGAUGAAGAACAAGAAGAUUGCGGAGCUGGAAGAGGAACUCUGCCUCUUCAAGCGAGAUGCCGUGGCGCCUCAGACUGUUGGGGGCUUGCGUCAGAAGAACCACGCUCUGGAAGAAGAAAGCAAACCACUUUGCGCCAGCUCGACUACUAGCACUCCUCCUACUCCUCCUCAUGGUGGCACGAACAAGUCUGUCUCGGAGCAGGGCUCAGGGGUCCGCACACCUCCCACACAUUCCCAAUCCAACCCAGACAACCAGUCUCACUCUAGUACCCCUUCCAGCGCUAAGAGCAAAUCGUCCAUGUCGCCACUCGAUGAUAUGAGUCCGACUACCAAAAAGAGGAAUACCUCGCCUAGUCGACCUCUCUCUUUCUCCCCCACUCUGUCAACUCCCACUAUUUCUCAUGCGACCAUGGCCACGUCCACAAAAUCCAUGUUCGAGCAGGCAGCCGCAUCAGCUAACAAGCUGAUCUCUUCGUCUGUCCUUCCUCCGGCUCUUCCCUUCUCUGCUUCAGCCCCCGCUCACGUCGGUUCCUCGGCUGCCGGUCAUGGAAAGUCGCUCUUUGGUCGCGUUACGUAUCCCCCGGGCCAUACGCAUGCUGGUCAGUCCUGGGGUUCGGCCCACAAUGCGGUUAUGAAUUCGAAGGCAGAGCAGCCGAUGGAUGGAGUAAAGGCGGAUUGGGAAGAUGAAGACGUUGACUGGCAAGAUAUCCUUUGA